UCAUUCAUUUUGAACACCAAGCAAACAACAUUUUCACUACUAAUUAGCCACAUUCAAUUAUUUGAAAGUGCUAAUUCAAAAAAAUGGCUAAGUUUGCUAUAUUCUCCAUUGCUCUUCUUCUCACAUUGAACAUUCUCUUCUUCACUGUGGUUAGUUCCACUUAUGUCUCAUGCCCACCACCCUCAAAUCCCAUACCUACACCCUCUACCCCCUCCACCCCAUCAUCAAAGGGAAAGUGUCCAAAGGACACACUAAAGCUAAAAGCGUGUGCCAGUUUGUUGAAUGACUUGGUGCACCUUGUUGUUGGAAGUAGCCCAGCCAAGACUAAAUGUUGCUCUCUCAUUAAAGGACUUGCUGACCUUGAUGCUGCUGUUUGCCUUUGCACUGCUAUUAAAGGCAAUGUGUUGGGAAUUAAUCUGAAUGUUCCAGUUUCCCUCAGCUUGUUGCUCAACAACUGUGGAAAGUAUGUCCCCAAGAACUUCCAAUGCGCAUAAGCUAUAGCCAGAUUUCUUCACUUUAACAUAUAUCUUGUUUCAGUGUGUUCGGUGUUUUGUAUGCUUAUAUAUAGUUGCUUAUUUUCGAAGGAGUUACUAUAUGUAGUCUAUUCUUAUUGAUUAGAAGGAAGGCUAGUUGCCUUUCUUCUUGUUGUAUGAUCCCAUUUUCAUCGUGAGUUAUUCUAUUGUGGAGUUUUAUGUAA